UAGCCACGAUCCUCUCGUCGCACUGACGACGUAACUUUCUAAACGGAAGAAGAGGAAUCGUAUACGACGAGGGAUAAAUACGAAAACGAAAGAAAGAGAGAAAAAUAGAGAGAGAGAGAGAAAGAGAGAGAGAGAGAGAGAGAGAGAGAGAGAGAGAGAGAGAGAGAGAGAUAAAAAGAAAAAAAAUAGAAGGAAAUAAUCCAUUGUCUAUUACGAUAUGCAUGUCUCGUAUCGAGGCUAGUGCAGUUUAGUCUGUGUUUUCUUAGUCCUCUCGAGCUACACCAAACGUGUACGAGAGAAAGAGAAAAAGAGAGGGAGAGAGGGAGAAAGAAAAGAGAGAAAGAGGGAAUAGCGACGACGACCUCGAUUCAGUACACCCCCACAGUCACCUCUUUCACAUCCCCCCGCGGUUCCACUCAACUUCUAUUUCUCUCUCUCCUGCUUGCUUACGCGCGUGCUCCCACUAGGCACUCUCCUCCUCGUCGCUCCAGCGUGCGCGGCGCUCGACCCUCGGAAAUUCUGAAAGCGGUUCGCGCCUGUGCAACGCGGGGGUGGCGGGGACCUAAAAUCGAGGCGAAAGGAAACUCGGCGGAUCCGGCUUAAGGGUUUCUCCUCUCUCCUAGGGCUCCUACGUGCCAUCAUCGUAGUCAUCAUCACCGUCACCAUCGCCGUCAUUGUCGCUGUCAUCGUUAUCGGCGGCGGCGUCGUCGUUGUUGUUCUCGCCGUCGUCCUCGUCCUCGUUCUCGAAAUUUGCGACCGCGUGCGUGCGUGCGUGGAUGCGUGCGCGCGUCCUCCCUUUUUCUUUCGGUCGUCCUACUUCCUCUCCUCGUUCUACGAUAAAAGUGGAUAUCUCGCUUCACAGUAGGAUUACCGAUGCGUUUGGAUCUAAGAAGAAGGAUCUAGCCUUGUGAUAGUUCCCUCUUGCUUUUUUUUUUUUUUUAUUUUUCCUUUCUCUCGAAGUAGAGAGAGAGAGAGAGAGAGAGAGAGAGAAGCAAAAGGGAAGAGGAAAAGAGUAUUGGGGCGACGCCGACGAUACGAGUUACCGUAGCUGUUACAUUAUCAUCCCGAAGAGGUGACACGGUUUACUUCGAGAGUGUUCACCAACGAAAAGUCUCUUCCUUUUUUUUAUAUUACGAAAGAAAAGGGAGAAAGAAAGGAAGGGAAUAGAAAGAGAAGAAGAAAGUUAAACGGGAGAAAAAGAGAAAUAGAAUAAGGGAAAGAAGAGGAGAAACAAAGUAAGGAAAUAAAAGAGAAUUUACGAUAGAAAUAAAUCGAGUGGUGUAGUACGUUUUUGGGGUACGUGCGCUAGCCGUGGCCGCGAGUGCAGCGGUGUGACGUGACAGUGUACCUGAAGCAGUGAUCGGGGAAGGUCGUGCGUCCUACGUCUCUUUAAGAAUAUUCCUCGAAAGGAUAACAACGUCUAGGAUACGUGAGGAACUCAUCGUGAAUCAAUCGUCGUUGUGUCUGAGCCAAAACUCGGAUUCGUUAGUUCGUUCGUGUAUAUCGUAUGAAAACAAAAGAGAACAGGAUCAUCGACGAUCCUGGACAACGUCGAUGAUCGUCAUGCGUUCUCGAUCGCAGCCCUCGGUCGAGGGUUGAAAAACCGAACUCGAGCGAAAACACGAUCUCAGGAUUGCGAUUUUCUCUUUGCUGUCGCGCGCGCGCGCGCCCACAACGGUGUGUCGGUCGUCGUGGGAAUUAAAAAGCGAGUUCGACGAUAAAUUUAUCUUUUCACGACGACGAGCUGGUCCCCCUCAGGAGGACCGACCGUGUACCACGUCAUCGAGCUCAAAGAGGACUCGGAACCUCGCAAGAAUGCGGGACCGGCUAUCGUGGUACAUGGUCUUCUUGAUCCUGCCGACAAUCCUCCUGGCCAGGUCGCUCGACAAAGGUCUUUUCCUUUCAGAUCGGCGUAUACCUUACAACAUACCAUCAGACUGGAGAGCAUUGUGGCUGAGCAAUUUAGAUGAACUACAAAGAAUCAACGAUGCAAACGACAACAACACCGUUUCGAACGUCACAGUACAAUUGGGUGGCACGGCUUUCUUGCACUGCAAAGUUCGCAAUUUGGCAGACAGAACCGUCUCGGAUGCCGAGAUCUCGUGGAUCCGUCGUCGUGACUUCCAUGUCCUAACGAGUUCAACGUUCACGUACACGAACGACGAGCGGUUUCAAGUGUUACACGCCGAAGGUUCGGACGAUUGGACUCUUCAAAUCAAAUACGUCCAAGAAAGAGACAAUGGGACCUACGAGUGUCAGGUCUCGAGGAGUACAGGGAUACUGUCACACUUCGUCAAUCUAAACAUAGUGAUACCAGAGGCAUUUAUAUUAGGAAGCGACGAGCAUCACGUCGACGUAGGGUCCAUCAUAAAUCUCGUAUGCAUAAUAGAAAAGAGCCCUACGCCGCCGCAAUACGUAUUCUGGUAUCACAAUAACCGGAUGAUAAACUACGACACCUCGCGGGGCAGCGUCAUCGUACAAACCGAUCCAGGACCAACCCAGAGUCGACUGACGAUACGCCAGGCCGUAGAAUCGGACACCGGCAAUUACACGUGUAACGCGUCCAAUACCAAGCCUGCAUCCAUCUUUGUCUUCGUUACCGAGGGUGACAAAAUGGCGGCGAUUCAACGCCGCAAAACGUCGGCCGCGAGGAAGAUUCUAAACGAAAUGCUGCUGACGACUAUGCUCGCGGCCAGUCUCGUUCUGGCACGAUAAACGAUUUCAUUUCGAAAUGUCUAUAAUUAUUUAAAUCCGUACGACUACUUCCAUUUGCGAUAGGUAGGUUACACCAGUCCGCGUUUUUAACGAGUAUUCAUGUCCUUUCUUCUUCCAUUCAUACCUUUUAUCAUAACAAAUUUUCUUCUUUCUUCUCGAAUUUAUUCCGUUUUUUGAUUUUUUUUUUUUUACUUUCCUUUCUUUCUCUCAUUCUCUCCCUCUCUUCCUUC